GCAAUGUGCUUAAAUCCUUAUUAUUAGACCCUUUCUCUUAGAGCCAAGAGGUUUAAGUUAUAGUAACAUUACUUGAGGAGAUUACCACUUGCUAGAAAAAUAUGAAGUUCCAUUUGGUGCUAUUUGUUAUAAUAGCCGCCAUUUUUGGAGUUGGGCUUGAAGGGUGCCAAUGCAAGGUUGUGCAGUUCAUUUUUGGAGACUCUCUCUCUGAUGUUGGAAAUAACAAUUACCUUUCUAAGAGCCUUGCUCAGGCAAGUUUACCUUGGUAUGGUAUUGAUUUGGGCAAUGGACUCCCUAAUGGCAGGUUCUCAAAUGGUCGCACGGUUGCUGGUAUAAUAGGUGAUAAUAUGGGCCUUCCUAGGCCUCCAGCAUUCCUUGACCCAUCUUUAUCUGAAGAUGUUAUAUUGGAAAAUGGAGUGAAUUAUGCUUCUGGGGGUGGAGGCAUCUUGAAUGAAACAGGCAGUUAUUUUAUUCAAAGGUUUUCUCUCUACAAGCAAAUGGAGCUGUUUCAGGGGACACAAGAACUGAUUAGAAGCAGAAUUGGGAAAGAGGAGGCAGAGAAGUUUUUCCAGGGAGCUCAUUAUGUUGUUGCUUUAGGCAGCAAUGACUUCAUCAACAACUACUUGAUGCCUGUUUACAGUGAUUCAUGGACAUAUAAUGAUCAAACCUUCAUGGAUUACUUGAUAGGAACUCUAGGAGAACAAUUAAAGCUACUGCAUGGUCUAGGAGCAAGGCAGUUGAUGGUGUUUGGGCUGGGCCCAAUGGGCUGCAUUCCACUUCAAAGGGUGCUUAGUACAUCUGGGGAAUGUCAAAGUAGAACAAAUAAUCUGGCUAUUAGCUUUAAUAAGGCUACAAACAAGUUACUUGUUGACUUGGGAAAGCAACUUCCCAAUUCAAGCUACAGAUUUGGAGAUGCAUAUGACGUUGUUAAUGAUGUGAUUACCAACCCGAACAAAUAUGGGUUCCAAAACUCUGAUUCACCCUGUUGCUCCUUUGGGAAUAUUCGGCCAGCUCUUACAUGUAUACCUGCAUCAAAACUGUGCAAAGAUAGAAGCAAGUACGUUUUUUGGGAUGAGUACCAUCCUUCAGACAGAGCUAAUGAGCUAAUUGCCAAUGAACUCAUCAAGAAAUUUGGGUUUGUGCGUGUUGAUCAAACAAAACCUCCUUCACCAUCACCCGCUCUUGCUCCAUCUUCAGACGAUUAAUCGUGCAUGUGAAGCGUGGGCGGCACCAUCACCGAACAGAGUGUGUCCUAUUAAAGCAUCAACGUUGGACUCAGUAGGAGUGUAAAAGGAAGUGAGCAUGGUCUCAACACACACGACAGGGACACAUGACUCAAGGUUGUUUUGUACAAUGUCCUUAACUUCGUGGAGAACGAUGCCGACAGCAUGGCAGCCAUGGUUGAAGAGCAUGAGGUGGUUGAUCGUCAACUUGAGUUUGAGGAGCUCAAAGAGAUAGUUAAUUAGGUCAAGAAUGGUGCCAAAACAAAAAGUGGUGUGUAUUACGAAUUGUCCAAUCUAUAAUACAUACAAAUGUGUUAUGGAUUACUUAAUCGGUAAUACAUUUAUGGAUUGUUCAAUCUAUAAUGCAUUUGUGUGUAUUAUGAAUUGCUUAAUCUAUAAUUAAAAAAUAGAAU